GGUGGAGGAUUGCUGUUAGUUUGCGCUGUGUUUAUUGUUAAGGUUGUGUGGAUUAGCACUGCAGUUCCCAGUUUAUAGCCAUAACAUCUACAUUUUACCUGCAAGAUAAGUUAAAGCGGCGCGCUGGCCUCAGAGGAGCCGAACAGCAGGGACGGACCACGGAGCUGGCGGCCGGCGGAGGGAGGAACAUCUCCGGCCACAGAGGGGAGGAGUGGCGCUGGGAGCCGAACAAUUCAAACCGGGAGUUACGGAGUGACAUCACAGAGCACCUGUCCCAGAGAAAACGGUUUCCAUGACAACGACAGCUUCCUGUUGCUAAAAUAGAGCUUUAACAAAUGACAAUGAAGCCAUGACCCUGCGCCCAACUUGAUUCCCACCUACUUCCAAGUUUCACCAUCGUCUGUGUAUCACCAGCUUGAUCUGCUCAUGGCCAACUCUGUUGCCUUAGUUGUCCAAGCAGAGCUCCUGCCAGCCCAGUCCGCACCCUCCCUCUCCGCCUUCCCGUCCCUGCUGGGAUCAGGAGAGGAUGGGGCAGAAGACAGGGAGCGGGGGCAGCUCUUGGAUGGAGACAAGGGGGUAGUGGAAGGUGGAGAGGAGGUGGUCCUGGACGUUGUCACGUCGUCCGUAUCAGAGUCGGCUUCAGCUCAGCAGGCUGAGCAGUCAGAGCAUCCUUUUCAGUGUCUGGACUGCGGGAAGAGCUUCAGGUGGUCAUCCAGGCUGACCCACCAUCAGCGCAGCCAUAACAACGAAAGACCCUACCGCUGCAACCUCUGCCCCAAGGCCUUCAAGGGCUCCUCUGCUCUGCUCUACCACCAGCGGUCUCACUCAGGAGAGAAACCUUAUAAAUGUGAAGACUGUGGCAAAGCCUUCAAACGCUCAUCUCUUCUCCAGGUUCAUCGAAGUAUUCACACUGGAGUCCGGGCCUUCUUGUGCCCUUAUUGCCCCCUAACUUUCAAAUGGAGUUCUCACUACCAGUAUCAUCUGCGGCAGCACACGGGGGAAUGCCCGUACCCAUGUGACUCUUGUUCCAAAGCGUUUAAAAACUCAAGCAGCCUGCGGCGGCACAAGAACGUCCAUCUUGGCCUCAAGCCUUACACAUGCUCUGUGUGUAACAAGUCUUUCACUCAGUCCACAAACCUGCGGCAGCACAUGAGGAUACACACAGGCGAGAGACCAUAUGUCUGCAGCGAGUGCGGUCGAAGCUUCACGCACUCAUCAAACCUGGCUUUGCACAAGAACUCUCACUCCAACCCCAACGCAGGAGUCAAGCAGGGGAAGCGGGGAGAGGACGGGCAGAAGGGGAAUGAGGUAGUGGAGGUGGUGGUUGGGACAGAGGAAGUGACGUCAACCAUGUUGACAGAUAUGGUGGGAUUUGUGAGCCAGGAAGGAACCGACGGAGUUGGAGUGGGGAUGGAAGAAGUGUUCCUGUCAACCACUUCCUCUGGUCAGAGCACAAGCCUUCUUCCCCAAAUGACCCUCGCUCCUUCCAGGGAGGACGUGUGCACAUCCAGGGCCAUUGGGACAGAGGUCCACCUGAGCACCGACACCGGGGCUAGCAUGCUGCUGUACAGCUGCGGCAGCUGCAACCACACGUUUGGCACAAGGACAGAGCUGGAGCAGCACCAGGCCAUCCACAUGGCUAGUGGCGAACAUGACGCCAGUGGCGAAGAGGGGCAUGGAGCAGGGAUGGAGGUUGGAGAUGGACUGGUGGGAGCCGGACACCUGCUGGCUGACUUUGAAGAGGUGGUGGAGACCACCACUGUGGCCGAAAGCGGACAUACAACCGAGGUGCUCCUUGAUUUAGCAGAGGGUGUAGAUGGCAGUAAUGCUAAUGUGGGCGCCACCCAGGCCCAGUUUGACCUGCUGCAGAGCUUCACCGAGGUGACUCAGAGCGCCGAGGCCGUGCAGCCGGAGGCCAGAACCACAUGGGCAGGGCUGUCAUGUGGCUACUGCACUAAGACCUUCAAGACCAGCGCAGGCCUCAAUAGACAUGUGUCACUGAUGCACUCGCUUUCAUCGCAGUCACGCUCCCAGUUCAGCUGCUCCGCCUGUGACCGCUCUUUCCCUCUGCUCUCGUCACUCCUCACCCACCAGCACUCCCACACCCCGGAGCAGCGCCUGCUGGCCGAGGCGGAGGCCGAGAUAGUGUGUCCGCCGUCCCUUUCUCUGUCUCUGCCCCUCCCCUCCUCCCCCAGCCAGGCCGACAAGCAGCUGGAGGGCCAGAGAGAGAUCCAUGUCGACAUCAUCGCCGUCGGCGAGGAGCAAGAGGAGCACCCGCCCAAACCAACUAAAGCCCCAAAAAGGGCCGGAUCUGGCAAGAACACUCCUGCUGGAGAGAGGCCGUACCGCUGUUUGGAGUGUGGAAAAGCCUUUAAGGGUUCCUCAGGGCUGAAGUACCACAUGCGGGAUCACACUGGCGAAAGGCCGUAUCGCUGCACCGAGUGUGGAAAAAGUUUCAAGAGGUCGUCUCUGCUCUCGAUCCAUCAACGAGUACACACAGGAGUUCGGGCUUUCCAGUGCCCCCAUUGCCCUCUCACCUUCAAAUGGAGCUCCCAUUACCAGUACCACCUGCGGCAGCACACCGGGGAGAGACCGUACGUCUGCAAAGAGUGCGGCAAGUCGUUCAAGAACACCAGCUGCCUGCGAAGACACAGUCAGAUGCACUCUGGGCUUCGACCUCAUACCUGCUCCAUCUGCUCCAAGUCUUUCUCCCAGACGUCUAAUCUCAAACAGCAUGAAAGAACGCACUCUGGCGAGAGACCGUUCCAAUGCACACACUGCAGUAAAAGCUUUACGCACUCCUCCAAUCUUCAGCUCCACCUUCGCACACACUCUACAAGCAAGGACUACAAAUGCCCGUUCUGCACCAAAGGGUUUGUCAUGCACUCCUAUUUGCAGCGACACAUCCGGACCCACGGGAACGGUGUUUCCCUCCCUGGCCCUGGCAGCGGCGGUAAGGACGGCGUGGCUGUGAAGGCCAGCGUGGGCGGAGUCACAACCACCACAACCCUACUCAAUCCCAUCACCUUGGAAACCUCGGGAAACAACGGCAGCCUGAUCGUGUCCCAGCCGGCACUCAAUAUUCCCCCUAACACAUCCCAGAACUACUUCAUGAUUCAGACGGCGAAUGGCCUGCAGCUCAUCCCCCUGUCACCGCCUGCUCCUGCCCCUCCACCUCCCCCACCUCCACCUCCAUCCCAGUCACAGAACUUUCUCCUCAUUCAGUGUCCCUCCACAAAUGGCAGCCAGUCCAGGUUGAUUCUGGUCCCUACGGCGAACAACCCCCCACCAGCUCCAGAGCCUCAGUCCCUUCCCAUCCUUCAGACCAUACAAGCAUUCCAACCUGUCCUCAACCAAUCGCAGACCCACAUAGCCCAGUUUCCAAUCGUAUCCCAGCAACAGCAGCACACCAAGAUCAUCAUUGCCAACACUGCGCAAGCCCCGGUUGCCACGGCAAACCACGGCCUCGCGGCCCUGCUGACCAAGCCCAUUUUGGGGAAGAGCACACGGACGGUACGAGGCCGGCGCGGCCGCAAGCCUAAAGCCGCUCUGCAGAAAACCGCUCCGACUGCAGGUGGCGCUGUCCCAGUGGCAAACUGUAACACUGUAAGCAGUACUAAGAUGGUUGCUGUUAAUAACACUAACACAGACUCAGAUCUGUCCUGCCAAAAGCGUACAGCCUCCAUGACUGUAGCCUCCAAAGAGGCCAUUGCAGAAACCACAGGAUCACUUCCUGUUACACCAGAGGAUACACCUCAUUCGUCUUUGGAGCAAAUUAGAAAAGAGGGAAAAGAGAAACAGUUUGUUUUGUGCUUCGAAAACGCGGAGCAACAGAAACAGGGAGCGAACAUUGAGGAAGGUGGUGACCCGUACGUGUUGCAGUUUGAAGGGAAUCCAUCUGGGGAGGCAGAUCAGGAAGGAAUCGAUGGAGACAGCAAGUCCAUUGUGUUACAAUUUGAGUCAGGUGGACAAGAUCAUGGGGAAAAUGGAGGGAGUAAACAGGGGGUGAUGUCACUUCUGCAGGAAUGGGGUGAGGGGAAGCAGGGUGGGAGUCAGACAGUUGGGGAAGAAAGCCAAGGGGAGUCGUACGUCCUUCAUUUCCACACCGAAGCUCAGCAGAGUUCGUCAUCCAGUUCUACGUUUGGUCAAGGACAAGACAGCAGCGUUGAGCUGUCCUGUGCACCCACCCAAGCAUUCGUCCCCAUCAGCGGACAGGAGGUGGUGUUUGACCAGAUGGAGCCGGAGGGCGAGCGGGGCGUGCAGAUGAUCGCGCUAAUUGAAGGCGAGGGGGAAAUGAUUGGAGGAGACGGGGCGGGCUGCAACACGGAAGCCGACACCCUGGCAGAGGACGAGGGAGGCGUGAAAAGCAUCUUCCAGCUGGAACACGGAGACGAAAUCGUCAUAAUCGAGGUCAGCACCAGCCAGCUGAGAGGCGAGGAGCAGGAGGAGGAGAUCUCACCCAGCAGCCAUGUGAAACUUGAGAGCGCAACAACGGAAAAGUCAGCAAUAGAUCACGGCUCGGCAGAAACAUCAGCCGAAGACUCGAGAAAAAACAGCACUAUAUCAAACUCUGAGGAGCUGAAGUUCUCCGAGUGAGAACCGGGUCAGUGGGAAGGGGAAUGACUCGCUUUGUGAGAUGUUUGGUAGCACUUUAGUCAUUUGAGUUCUCCUGGAACUGAGAGUGAACAUGCAGUUAGAGGAGUGUUGUGUUGUAAUGCCAUGGUGCCACUUUCUAGAAAUGUUAUACAUUCAAAUAGGCUAAAACAUGGACUUUGUAUUAUUCAUAAACACAUUAGUUAAAUGAUACUGUCACAGGCAGUUUGAUGAAGUAUGUCUGAUUUUUGUUAAGUGUUGUAUAUGGGACACUUUCUUCACAGUGUUGAUAGCAAAUAGUAAGUAAUUAAUAAAUUUGUUAAUAUAUUUUACUGUUUGGGUUAUUGAGCAGCAGAAAAAGGCCAUUGUGUUGACUGUGAAUGUCGAAAUGAAAUGUGGAGGAGAGGAAUGAAAAGUAGACGAUAUCGCUAGAGUUUUGGGAUUUUAUAUUACUACAACUCAGAAAUUCAAAAUUCCCACUGGCUUUUGAAUGCAACAUUGUUUUCCAUUUGGUGUAAAACCUGAAAAUAAUAAAUGGCUUUUUUAGUUA